UGUCAUGUUAUAAUGGACCUGGACAGGUGAGGAGGCUCGGAGGGUGUUUGACGACGCCCAGCGGCUCCUCAACAGACUGAUAGAUAAUAAGGGUCUCUGUGGGCGUGGCCUGGUGGGCUUCUGGCCCGCCCAGAGUGUAGGAGACGACAUCCAGGUGUACGACCAUGACGUCACACCUCGCUCCGCCACGCCCCUCGCCACCUUCUACGGACUACGCCAACAGGCAGAGAAGGACAGUGCCAGCUCAGACCCCUACUACUGCCUGUCUGACUUCGUGGCCCCGAGGGCCAGCGGUGUGUCUGACUACAUGGGGAUGUUUGCUGUAGCUGUGUUCGGAGCGGAGGAGCUGAGCAAACAGUUUGAGACACAGGGAGACGACUACAACAGUAUCAUGGUCAAGGCUUUGGCUGACCGCCUGGCUGAGGCGUUUGCUGAGGAGCUCCACGCCAGGGUGCGUCGGGAGCUGUGGGCCUAUAGCGUGGAGGAGAACCUCCCGGCUGAGGAGAUGCACAGGAUCCGUUACGAGGGCAUCAGGCCGGCCGCGGGAUACCCCUCCCAGCCUGACCACACAGAGAAGACCGCCAUGUGGACGCUGGGCGAGGUGGAGGACAAGACGGGUAUCAAGUUGACUGAGUCUUUGGCCAUGACCCCAGCAGCUGCUGUCUCUGGGCUGUACUUCUCGAACCCUAAAGCGACCUACUUCGCAGUGGGAAAGAUCACCAGAGAGCAGGUGGAGGACUAUGCUGGGAGGAAAGAGAUGCCAGUGUCAGAGGUGGAACGCUGGCUGGGGCCAAUCCUGGGCUACGACACUGACUGACAGUGAUACUUCAACCAAUCCUGGGCUACGACACUGACUGACAGUGAUACUUCAACCAAUCCUGGGCUACGACACUGACUGACAGUGAUACUUCAACCAAUCCUGAGCUACGACACUGACUGACAGUGAUACUUCAACCAAUCCUGGGCUACGACACUGACUGACAGUGAUACUUCAACCAAUCCUGGGCUACGACACUGACUGACAGUGAUACUUCAACCAAUCCUGAGCUACGACACUUCUGCAUCCACAACCACUACCUAGAAAACAGAGGCGCUGCUCAAUGGUCAUGUCUAGAUGGGAUACAGCUUUUGUCAACUUCUAACCCUUUUCCCAACCUUAACCCAAUUAUCCUAACCUGCUACGUUAAUUCUCCCAAACCUGCUACGUUAAUUCUCCCAAACCUGCUACGUUAAUUCUCCCUAACCUGCUACGUUAAUUCUCCCUAACCUGCUACGUUAAUUCUCCCUAACCUGCUACGUUAAUUCUCCCUAACCUGCUACGUUAAUUCUCCCAAACCUGCUACGUUAAUUCUCCCAAACCUGCUACGUUAAUUCUCCCAAACCUGCUAUGUUAAUUCUCCCUAACCUGCUACGUUAAUUCUCCCUAACCUGCUACGUUAAUUCUCCCAAACCUGCUACGUUAAUUCUCCUAAACCUGCUACGGUUAAUUCUCCCAAACCUGCUACGUUAAUUCUCCCAAACCUGCUACGUUAAUUCUCCCAAACCUGCUACGUUAAUUCUCCCAAACCUGCUACGUUAAUUCUCCCUAACCUGCUACGUUAAUUCUCCUAACCUUCUACGUUAAUUCUCCCUAACCUUCUACGUUAAUUCUCCCUAACCUGCUACGUUAAUUCUCCUAACCUUCUACGUUAAUUCUCCCUAACCUUCUACGUUAAUUCUCCCUAACCUGCUACGUUAAUUCUCCUAACCUUCUACGUUAAUUCUCCUAACCUUCUACGUUAAUUCUCCCUAACCUUCUACGUUAAUUCUCCCAAACCUUCUACGUUAAUUCCCCUAACCUUCUACGUUAAUUCUCCCUAACCUUCUACGUUAAUUCUCCCUAACCUUCUACGUUAAUUCUCCCUAACCUGCUACGUUAAUUCUCCCUAACCUGCUACGUUAAUUCUCCCUAACCUGCUACGUUAAUUCUCCCUAACCUGCUACGUUAAUUCUCCCUAACCUGCUACGUUCAUUCUCCCUAACCUUCUACGUUCAUUCUCCCAAACCUGCUACGUUAAUUCUCCCUAACCUGCUACGUUAAUUCUCCCUAACCUGCUACGUUAAUUCCCCUAACCUGCUACGUUAAUUCUCCCAAACCUGCUACGUUAAUUCUCCCAAACCUGCUACGUUAAUUCUCCCAAACCUGCUACGUUAAUUCUCCUAAACCUUCUACGUUAAUUCUCCCAAACCUUCUACGUUAAUUCUCCCAAACCUGCUACGUUAAUUCUCCCAAACCUGCUACGUUAAUUCUCCCAAACCUGCUACGUUAAUUCUCCCAAACCUGCUACGUUAAUUCUCCCAAACCUUCUACGUUAAUUCUCCCAAACCUGCUACGUUAAUUCUCCCAAACCUUCUACGUUAAUUCUCCCAAACCUGCUACGUUAAUUCUCCCAAACCUGCUACGUUAAUUCUCCCAAACCUGCUACGUUAAUUCUCCCAAACCUGCUACGUUAAUUCUCCCAAACCUGCUACGUUAAUUCUCCCAAACCUUCUACGUUAAUUCUCCUAACCUGCUAAGAAAAGUAAAUUCUGAAAAAAGCUGCAUCCCUUCUAGACCCUGCUUAAAGGGCCAGAUUUUAUUUUUUAAACGUACACUUCACGUGAACCAAGGCUCAACUUGAAAAAAAAAGUUAAUGGAGCUGUUUUUGUAUGGUCUAACAUUUUACAGUUUUAAUAUAACAGCUGUUGCCAAUGUCAUUUAUACUUUUUUUCUGGCAAUCACAAUCUUAGAUUUUAAUCAUUAACAGAUACAUAUGGUUAAAUUUCAGAGUUUGAUUUGUUCAUUAGGGGACAUAUUAGGUUCUAGAAGACGUACAUUUCCUCAGCAGUUUUCAUUUGAGAUUGUAUUUAUGCUAAUUAGAUACAACUUGUUUUACAAAAUGUAUAAUUAGUAAACAUGGUCUUCAUUACAAAAUGUACACUUACCUGACAUGCCGUAUUAAUGUCUAAACCUCUAAAAAAGGUACAUGUUUUUAUGAAUGAUUAUUGUAAAUUACGGAUUUUAAUGAUUACACAAUUUGUCUUAAAGAAAUGUGCCAAAAACUAGUGACUGACCAGUUAUCAUUGUCAUGUGCAAUGUUAUCGAUUUUAUCCUGGAGGUGUCCACUAUUUCUGAAAAAUAAGUAUAGAUUUUAUUUUAUUUUAUGAAUGUUCUGACAUUACAAUGUUUGAUCUGGAACCAUAUUCAUUUCGUAUAAAAUCAUUUGCUCAGUA